AUGGAUAAACGCAAUACAAAUAAAGAUCCACAACCAUAUUUUGAUACAGAUAAUAAUCUACCAGGUGGCGAUGUUGUAGUUGUUGAACUUGAUUUUAAUGUUAAUGAUACAACUACUUUAGAAAACAUACAACAGAGUCUCCUUCAAAAAUCGCCUGAAAAAUAUAUACCAAUUGAUGGAAAAAUUCCUACUCCAUGUAAGAAGGCAUUGUUUUGGCCAGACAAACCAUGUUGUAAAGAAACGAAAAAAAGAGUUGGUGAAAAGUUGCCUUCUGUUGCAACUUCCACUCAGUGGACACAAUACCAUUUCAAAAAAAGCAUGGAAAAAGAAUGCAAAUAA